AUCGAUCAAAACAUUCGAUUCGCAAACCAUUGGAUCAAUCGAUCGAUCCAUAGAUUGGGUCCACAUUUGGUGUCCAUAUCUUGGGAUCCAUUGACUCACAAAUCGACUCCCGAAGAGAGCGCUUCCGACCCACCGAUGCCUUGGAAUCUGUGUGCGAGAAGUGGUGGCCAACAGUCGACGGCCCGAACCAUACGCUCGAAUCACACGUACGGACAGCAAGUGUGGCCCCAAAACCCGAACGCAGUCUUCGCCGACAAUCGGAUCCGAACCACGAAAUACACGAUCAUUACGUUUUUGCCGAAGAAUCUGUUCGAACAGUUCCAUCGGUUCGCCAAUCUGUACUUCUUAGGCAUUCAAGUGCUAAAUUGGAUCCCAGGUUUGCCACCACUCGAUGGCCACACAGUCUUCGCGAGGAUCACUGCCUUCGCCAAAGAGGUUCAGUUAUUGCCACUGAUAUUCGUGUUGGGCGUCACUGCUGUCAAAGACAUCUUCGAAGACUAUCGCCGCUAUAUGUCCGACAAACGCGUCAAUAACUCCGUGUGUCGUGUAUUUGAUCCAUCACUUGUAUGUCUUCGAGUGUUUAAUACUUGCGUUAAUUUGUUUAGAAAAAGCGAUCGAUUCGUCAAAACCAAAUGGGAAGCCCUCAGAGUCGGUGAUAUCGUCCACUUGUCCUGCGAUGAGACGGUUCCGGCGGAUCUACUGGUGCUGAGCGCGAGCGACGACUCGGGCCUGUGUUAUGUCGAGACGUCUAAUCUCGACGGCGAGUCUAACCUAAAGCAACGGCAAGUGAUUAAGGGAUACGCGAAUCGGGGCCACACUUUCACACCGAAUCAGUUCACGGCUACCAUUGUGUGCGAUCCGCCCAACCAUCAGAUCUAUCGCUUCAACGGCUUUAUAACCGAAACAAAUGGUGAGAAAAUAGCCAUCAAUAAAGACAAUCUGCUUCUUCGCGAUUGCAUUCUGAAGAACACGGACUCAAUCGAAGGGAUUGUGGUCUACGCGGGACACGAGACCAAAGCGAUGCUCAACAACGGCGGACCGCGUUAUAAGAGGAGUAAACUCGAGAGAUUCAUGAAUCGGGAUGUCAUCUGGUGUGUCAUUAUUCUCCUAUUGAUGUGUAUUUCCGGAUCAAUUGGUUACGGUCUUUGGUUAUCCUCUUAUGACGAUCAGAGAAGUGUUGUAUUUCUGAAUGGCUCUGAAACUGAGAGCCCGGUCUGGGAUGCGUUCCUCAUAUUCUGGACGUUUAUAGUGUUAUAUCAAGUGAUUAUACCGUUGUCUCUAUACGUGACCAUUGAAUUGAUAAAAUUGGGACAAAUAUAUCACAUCCAUAAAGACCAGCACUUAUACGACGAGACCAAUGGUAAGCGAGUGUUCUGUCGGGCGUUGAAUAUAACCGAAGAUUUGGGACAAAUUGAGUACAUAUUCUCGGAUAAAACGGGAACAUUGACUGAGAAUCGUAUGGUUUUCAGGCGCUGUUCUAUCGGUGGCAUUGAUUACAGUCACGUUAGGGCUCGAGUCGGUUCCGACACAUCCCUGUGCAGUGACGACGAUUCCAACGGAGAUUUUACACUAAACCCUCGACUGAAGGACGAGUUGUGUCUUAUGAGUAGACGAAUGCCAUCGGAAGAAGAAACCAAUGGAUCCGAUCAGAAGACUUCGUAUCAACUGUCGGCUCAGAAUCAACGAAUUCAGGACUUCUUCAUACUGUUAGCCGUUUGUAACUCAGCUGUGGUCUCAAAACAUCCACAUAAGUGCAGUAACAGUAGCGACAAGAUAUCUCCGCUCUCGAAGAAGUCAACCGAAUCUCGGAGUCCUUCGCCGACCCCUUUGAAGCCCAUCUAUGAGUCUGAAAGUCCAGACGAAGUGGCGUUAGUUAUCGCGGCGUUUCGUUAUAGCGUUAAACUAUUGAAACGCAACUCAGAAUCGGUUCUCCUCUCACUUCCCAGCGAAGGUGUCAUUGAAUAUAAAGUCUUAAAUAUUCUUAACUUUGAUUCCACGCGAAAGAAAAUGUCGAUUAUAUUACGACACCAGAAGACUAAUGAGAUUAUACUGUUCUGCAAGGGCUCUGAUUCACGAUUUGCGCACAUGACUGAAGAGGAAUAUAACUCUUGGAAUAUAUUGCAUAAAAAAGCCGAACAAUCGAUUGAAAACAACGAGGAAUUGAUGUUAGAGUCACACAAUCGGAUUGAAUGUAAUUUAGUAUUAAUGGGUGCGACGGGUAUUGAAGACAGUCUACAGGAAAGGGUACCCGAAGUGAUCGCUAAUCUCCGAUCGGCCGGAAUUGUCGUUUGGGUCCUAACGGGCGAUAAGUUGGAAACUGCUGUCAAUAUCGCCUAUUCGUGUCGACUCUUCACUAACGCAAUGGAUGUAAUUUACUUGAAAAUUGAGUCAAAAGAAGAAUCGAACCGUGUUUUAGAAAAUCACUUGAAAGACCUGAAGGCAAAGGGAGUGACCAAAAGGAAGUCUAAACAGAAACUAUCGAAAUCGUUGUCGUGUUUAUUGAAGACGGCGUUAUUGGGCGCACGAAUGCCUGAGAGGACUGCUGUCGACUCCAAUAUCCGUAACAAACGCGGACUCGUUGUCGACGGAAAGACUCUAUCGUUUGUGAUUGAAAAAGAAAGCAUUGGUUUGUUCCUAGAAUUGGCCCAAUUCUGUGGUUCUGUGCUCUGCUGUAGAGCUACUCCUCUGCAAAAGGGAUCAGUUGUUCGCGCGGUUAAAGAGACACUAAAUGUGAUGACAUUAGCCAUUGGCGACGGCGCUAAUGAUGUCUCUAUGAUUCAAACGGCGGACGUCGGCAUA